AAGGAGGGAGGGAAGAUGGCGGAGGUGGGGGAGGUGAUCGAAGGCUGCCGCCUGCCCGUCCUGCGGCGGAACCAGGACAACGAGGACGAGUGGCCCUUGGCGGAGAUCCUCAGCGUCAAAGACAUCAGUGGCCGGAAGCUCUUCUACGUCCACUACAUCGACUUCAACAAGCGCCUGGAUGAGUGGGUGACCCACGACCGGCUGGACCUGAAGAAGAUCCAGUUCCCCAAGAAGGAAGCCAAGACCCCCACCAAGAAUGGGCUCCCCGGCUCCCGGCCCGGCUCCCCCGAGAGGGAGGUGCCAGCCUCAGCCCAGGCCAGUGGGAAGACCCUGCCCAUCCCGGUGCAGAUCACACUGCGCUUCAACCUGCCCAAGGACCGAGAGGCCCUCCCCGGCACCGAGCCCGACCAGCCCCUCUCCUCCAGCUCCUGCAUCCAGACCAACCACCGCUCCACGAAGCGGAAGGUGGAAGUGGUUUCCCCGGCCACCCCUGUUCCCAGCGAGACAGCCCCAGCCUCCGUCUUCCCCCAGAACGGAUCGGCUCGCCGGGCUGCGGCCGCCCAGCCGGGACGCAAGAGAAAGUCCAACUGCUUGGGCACCGACGAGGACUCCCAGGACAGCUCGGACGGGAUCCCUUCGGCCCCGCGCAUGACGGGCAGCCUGGUGUCGGACCGGAGCCACGACGACAUCGUCACGCGCAUGAAGAACAUCGAGUGCAUCGAGCUGGGCCGCCACCGCCUCAAACCCUGGUACUUCUCGCCGUACCCGCAGGAGCUGACCGCCCUGCCCGUGCUUUACCUCUGCGAGUUCUGCCUCAAGUACGGCAAGAGCCUCAAGUGUCUGCAGCGUCACCUGACCAAGUGUGACCUGCGCCAUCCCCCCGGCAACGAGAUCUACCGCAAGGGCACCAUCUCCUUCUUCGAGAUCGACGGACGGAAGAACAAGAGUUACUCCCAGAACCUGUGUCUCCUGGCCAAGUGUUUCCUGGACCACAAAACCCUGUACUACGACACCGACCCCUUCCUCUUCUACGUCAUGACCGAGUACGACUGCAAAGGCUUCCACAUCGUCGGCUACUUCUCCAAGGAGAAGGAGUCGACAGAGGACUACAACGUAGCCUGCAUCCUGACCCUGCCCCCCUAUCAGCGCCGCGGCUACGGCAAACUGCUCAUCGAGUUCAGCUACGAACUGUCCAAGGUGGAGGGCAAGACGGGGACCCCCGAGAAGCCGCUCUCCGACCUGGGCCUGCUGUCCUACCGCAGCUACUGGUCCCAGACCAUCCUGGAGAUCCUCAUGGGCCUCAAGUCGGAGAGUGGGGAGCGGCCCCAGAUCACCAUCAACGAGAUCAGCGAAAUCACCAGCAUCAAGAAGGAGGACGUCAUCUCCACCCUGCAGUACCUCAACCUCAUCAACUACUACAAGGGCCAGUACAUCCUGACGCUGUCGGAGGACAUCGUGGACGGGCACGAGCGAGCCAUGCUCAAGCGCCUCCUGCGCAUCGACUCCAAGUGUCUGCACUUCACGCCCAAAGACUGGAGCAAGCGGGGGAAGUGGUGACCGCCCACCCCCCCCUCCCGAGCCGUGGGCCGGUCGGGGCCUCCCCCUGCCCCCGGCACCCGAACUCUGGGCUGGUCCACCCCUGCCAGGAGCCCAGGUGCAAGGGGAGAGCCGGCUGAGGGGCCCACUGGGGCCUGACACCUUCCCCCAGGGAAGGCCGAGGUGGGUGGGGGGCUUCUGGAGUACUCUGACAGUGGGUGGGGGG